AUGCCUGGCAAGCGCCGCAAGCGCAGGCGCUACAGCGACCGAUCGUCUUCAUCGUCGUCGCACCGCAGGCCAUGGGAGAAGCGCGAUGCAGAUGAGGAGUCGGCACACGUGGCGCGCCAGAAGUCGGGUGACUCCCUGUCGGACAUGCUCCUGGUUCUAUACGCCAACGGCACGCUUGAUGCCAAGGCAGUGUGCAUCCUGGCGCACCACGCCACAGAAGCAGGUGUCCAGCACGACAUCAUUAAGAGGAUCGCUCGCCCACCAGAUCUCCAGGCAGGGAAGUACGCUGCGCAUUUGAGGAAACACCUCCCCUUGCAAGAGUCAGCGCCAGAGAUGAACGCGCUGCAGCUGCCAAUGACCAUUCGAAACAGGCGAACCAUCAAGCCGACGCUGGUGUCUCCGCUGCAUGAGGCAUUGGAAGCAGAAUUGGCUUUGCUGGACACGAGAGUCAAGCCUGGAGACGAGCGCCGCGUCUUCCCCAUCGCCAUAUACAUCGAUGGGAUCAAGUUCACCAGGAGCAUUGGCCCUGGCAGAGCCGACAGCUUGGCGUGCGUCACUGGCUACAACAUGGCGACGGACAAGCGCCACGUCCUGUAUGUUCUGAGCAAGCGUGAGAUGUGUCGCUGCGGAUGCAGGGGCUGGGACACCCUCUGGGGCUGCCCCAACCAUCUGCGAUGGAGUUUAGCUGCUGCUGCUGAGGGCAAUCGACCUGACGUGCGCUGGGGCGGAUCAGACUGGCCAGGCGAUUCUGCUUAUUCGGUUGGCAAGCGCGAGGCGGGCACGCUGCAGCACAGGUACGUGCUCUGCCAAAUCAAAGCUGAUUGGGCAGAGUUCUGCACGAGUUUAGGUUUCCCGGCGUGGUCUAGUUUCCAUUGUCCAUGCUUCAUGUGUGCGUGCCGCAAAGCGAAGAUGUUCGAUUUCAAUGGGAUCACGGUCGAGAAUCACAACUGGGGGGAUCGCCCGCUGGACUAUGAGGCCGCCUGCAGGAACUGCGAGGUGGAAGUCCACGUGGAAGACGAGGACACGCGCAGAGCACUACUGGAACACGCCAAGCUCAAACAUAAGAAGAAGCUUGGCCGCGUCAUCACACAGGACGCUCCUCACAUCGGCCCUGGCCUACUGAAAGGGGAUCGUCUCGUGCCAAGCGUUGGCCUCCACGAUGCAGCCACUUUCGAAACUCAGCCAACGCCGUUUGUAGCAGUGUUUUGGCGUUCCCAUUUCGACAACAAGAACAGGAAGACCGAUUGGAUACAUUGUCGCAAUCCGAUUUUCAGCGAGGGGGUGGGCGCGACCCCACACGCCACCAUGCGGCUCGAUACAAUGCACACGCUGUAUCUUGGCGUGUUCUCCAGAUACGUGCAUUAUGUGAUGGAAGUUGUCAUUGACACUAACAUGUACAACGUUGCUGGUACGAAAGACGAGGUCAAGGAUGUUAGCGUUAGGUUGCUGUUCAAUGGCUACAAACGCUGGUGUUUUGCCAAAGACAUUGAACUUUCGUACCAGCUCAACGCGCUGCUGCCUACGAUGCUGGGGUCCAACAGCCAUCCGUACAUGUAG